AUGGUAGAGACAGAUUACGACAGGAUACAAAAGGAGGAGCAAGAAAAAUCGAACGAAGACGCCAGUGUCUUGUCCUUCGUCAGUGAACACACAAAGGUGCAAAAGAUCCUCUACGAAGAGUAUGACGAUUUCACAAAUUCCAAGAAGCAGGAAAUAGUCCUUCGAGCUUUGGGUAACAUUAACCAAACAAUUGUGGGAAUACCCGCUCGUGUACGAACGACAAGCAACUGGAAGACAAAGUUCAAUGCCUUUCUUACCCUCCUCUGGAUCGGAAGAGGGAUAGUAGAUGGCAUAGGAAUGCUACCAAAUGCGAUCAGGGCUCAGAUGGCCUUCGACUCUAAACUUGUGGAAGCGAUCGACGAUGUCUAUGAGACGAUGAGUAAGACCGAGAUACUACGCGAUGGGGCUCGGCUUUUUGAGGCUCUCGUAGAUCUUAACAAGGAUCGAGAGCAUUGUUUUGAAGGUUUGGACACGAUUGUGGAGGUGUUCCAAGAUGCUAUGCGGCAAGAGAGGCCGGGGCAAGAAUGA